AUGAACGUUACUUUGCCUCUGUGGGUUGACUCGACAAUAGUAACGCCUUCAGGAAGACAUUCAAACUAUGGCAACCACACCACCAAUGGACCUGGUCAUGAUCAGUUUUUUAACCAAAUCAAUUCCUCCAUGGAAGAUAACAGAAAAUACAUGCCUCAAGUCGAUGCGUACUUUGUCUUAUCAUUUGGGUCCAUAGCAUUCGUUGUCACGUUUGGAACGGCACUGCUUUUUAUUCGGUUGUUUCAACCACAUCAGCUCGGCGACACAGAACGAACGUUUCCGCACUUGCAGUUUUUCUUAGCUGGCUUCCUCAAUGCACUGGCUGGAGUUUUUAUCGUGUUUGCCAGCAGCGGAAGACGGACAGCACCGUACCUGCAAGCGAUUUUAGGCAAUGCCAUGAUUCCUCUUAUUAUAACGCUUCGGUAAGUGAAGAAGACGUGACUAUUAAAAUUUAAUUUACUUGAACUUUAACUGAUGCGUUAUCCUUUCGUGCCGAAUUAAUUAUUAAACUAAAGUCAGCAACUAGCCUUAAAUCAGUUGAAUGACAAUAAAAUCAAUGACAUUAUUCUUCGCUAUUAUUAUUAUUAAGUGAUAUUAUGAUUGCUGAUUAUGGCUAUGCAUGAUAUGGUUACUGCAUGGUUAUCGUAUUGUAAUGCAUUUAUUACAGUCACCAAGCCCCUCCCCCUGUAUAUAUAAUAUUAGUAACAAUUUCUCGUUUUCCCACUAUUUCCACUCGUGUUGAUAUAACUGUUAUCAACACGGAAAAAAUGUUUUAUAUCUUUUUUUAUAAUUUAGCAUGACUUUCGGUCGCCCGAUAUUGAAGUCUCAACUUAAUAUUUUGCCACAUUGGGCUCAAAAGAAUUCAAUAAGUUAUAUUUAUUUAUCACGUAAACUUAGUUUUGACAGAUGCUUUCUAGAAAAUCUAAUCAAAUAAAUCGUAGCUAUGUAUAGUUUCCGCAAAAACGCACGCGGAAUUAAUUAAACAAUCAGUUCGCUUCAUUGUCAUGCACAGUUAUUUUCGUGCAGUAAUGUGCAUAGGCAUAUUCAUGAGAUGGGGGGAUAGAAAACCAUAGAAAUUCGGGCAAAUUCUAGGAAAAAUCGUGAAAAUUGGGGCAGAUUUAUCAGAAAGUAUGUUAAAUUCAGGUUAUUUCAUUACAAUCUUCCAUAAAAAUGUGAGCCCCGUAUACGCAUGUGGAUUAAUGUGGAUUCCUUAUGUAGUAGGAUGGUCCUUACUGGACGUCUAGUUUAGACAUAAUUUGUACUAGAUCACACACUGUAUGUGUUCUUUCUAAUUUAGAUAUUUGAUACUCCGUAAAGUGCCAACUCUUCGGCAAUUCAUCUGUGCUAUGAUCGUCUUGCUUUCACUGUUCAUUUGCCUCAUUCCCAAGAUAUUCACUUCUAUUGAUCCUGAAGCAGACAGUUCUGGUGGAGCUAGAGGGGUUGCAGGGAUCGUGUGGCCGCUGUGUUUUAUGCUUGGUUCU